UUGUUAGAGCAGUCACUAGACUAGACUAUUUUGUCAGUAUAAUAGACUCCUAGCUCACGCCCGUUAGCCAAUCCGGUUCCAAAUCUAAUGCAAACAACUAACCCGGUUCACCCGGGCCAUUAAUCCAAUUCCCCUCAGUGGGCUGAUAGUGGCAGGUGAUAAAUAGCCAAUUGUAGGUCAGAUCAAAGACCGCGUGAUCAUUGUUUUCCUCUGUUUUUUUGUUGUUGUUGUCCAUGGAUUAAAACUGUCGAGUCGAAUGACCCCAACACAUACCGAGAAGCUUGUUGUGAACCGUGUUUACAUGUUCGUUUGAUUUCGCUGUUACGAGAGUCAAUGAAUUCUUCAGAUUUCCACCAACCGUCAUCAAGAAACUGCUUCAUGAAGGAAUAAACAAAUGAAAGCUGCCUUCCAAGACCAAGAGGGAUGUCUCUGAGAUGUGUUCCAGAUUCUUGUGUGCUCAAAGUAAGCAGAGCAGCGAACUUCUGGCAUACACAAGGUCAACGAGCAGCAUCACUUCCAUUGUCUUCUCAGCAACACCCUCCUUGUAGGUUUGAUGUCCGAGCAGGCCUGAGCCACAAAGUUGGCUUUCUCAGCUGGAAGUAUACCCACAGCACAAAAAGUAGAAUUCGCAAUAAGAUAUGGCUCUCCAGAGCUAGUCAGAUAAGACACAGGCUUGGCCUCCACACCAGCGUCUACUACUUAAAUACAUCCACCUCACGCUGGUCCACUGGUCUCAGCCACACCAUGUCGCGCUUCAGGAGCACCCUGGACUCCGUCUCCAAGGCGGUGAGCGGGUCACACACUGAGCUUCUCUCCAAGAUAGCCCGGCUCAAAGCCAAACCCAAACAGAACGCCAUUGAGGCUGGCAAAGUGUUGGAAGCCAACCCGGAGAUGGGGCUAACACCACAGGGUUAUGGUACUGUAGGGUACCCAGCUCUAACCCCAGCCCCAGUUCCUGCCUAUACCUCCGCUAACACCACUGUUAAUGCUAAUGCACCUUCUCCAAUCCAUGCCUUGGUGUCUGCCACUAGUCCUCCACCUACUACAGCCACUGCUUCUACACCCACACCUACUCUAUCUCCAACACUUACACCUACUCCAGAUAUUACACCUGGCCCUACUCCUGGCAUUACCGCCAGCGCCCCUCCCAUUGCCACCCCUCGCCCCAACAUUGCCAGGGCAAAUGCUGCUGUCUCAGGCCCCAGUAUCCAGGAAGUCAGACAGAGGAGGCUGCAGCGUGCAGCCACAGCAUCCAUUGUCCCAACCACUGUGGCCUCCAACGGGACCUCCAACGGGACCACCAAAAGGCUGGAGCAGGUCAGAUCACCACUACCAACAGAGAGUAGUGCACCUGAGAGAGCCACCACCACAGUCUCCCAACAGACCACAACACAACUCUUCCAUCCCAGCUCCUUCUCAGUUAACCUGGAUGAGACCUACAACUACCUGUCCCACCACGUGAACUCGUACUUCAGCAGCAUAACAAAGUCUGAUGAGGAUAAAGAGCAUAACACAGACCGUGGUUCCACUGACCUCCUGCCGAUGUCAGACAAAACGUCCCCAGGGUCUGCUGCACCCGUAAGUUCCCCAUCUUCUAAAAAGGGUAUCGGCCGUUACCUAUCCUACUCUGGUGACACUGUACAGGCCUUUGUAGGGAGCUACAUUGCUCCCCUGGUCCCCAGGUUUAGCAGGGCAGCUGCUGAACCCAAGAGUGCUGCUGUAGAGCAGAAGAGGCUGAAGGCAGAAGAGGCAGGGGCAAAGCCAUGGCAAGGAGAGGUGGCGGUGAAUACGGAACAGAAGGCUGCUGAGGAGAGGGCCAAGAGACUGCUGCUCCAAAGAGAGAAGAUUAUAGCUAGGGUGAGCGUGGACAACCGGACCCGGUCCCUGGUGAAGGCGUUAAACCGAGCGUCUGAUGUCAGGGUCUACAUCAACAGAGUGGAGGAGCUCAGCUUUCAUCUACUGGAGUUUCCAGAGACCUGUGGGGUGGCUGUCAAGGAGAAGGCGAUCCCGUGCCUACUGCGUCUCCGCCAGGCUGAGGACCCGUCUCUGAAGGCAGCAGUCAGGGAGGCCCUCACGCUGGUGGGAUACACCAACCCUGUUAAGGGCCAGGGAAUCAGGGUCCUGUCCAUCGACGGAGGGGGAACCAGGGGACUGAUUGCCCUUCAGACUCUGCAGAAACUGGAAGCCCUGACGGGAAAACCCAUCUACCAACUGUUUGAUUACAUCUGUGGUGUCAGCACAGGUUCCAUCCUGGGCUUCAUGCUAGGUGUGUUCCAGAUCCCUAUAAAUGAGUGUGAGGUGCUCUACAGGAAGCUGGGUUCUGACGUCUUCAAGCAGAACGUCAUCGUGGGAACUGUCAAGAUGGGCUGGAGCCACGCCUUCUACGACUCCGAGACCUGGGAGAACAUUCUCAAAGAAAAAAUGGGCUCUGAUCUGAUGGUGGAAACAUCAAGAAACCCCAAAUGCCCAAAGAUGGCAGCAGUGAGUACCAUCGUGAACAGGGGCACUCCUCUGAAGGCCUAUGUGUUCAGGAACUAUAACCUUCAGCCAGGGGUGCGCUCCCACUACCUGGGGGGCUGUGAACACAAGCUGUGGCAGGCCGUCCGAGCGUCCUCCGCUGCCCCAGGGUACUUCCAGGAGUUUGCCCUGGGACACGACCUUCACCAGGAUGGAGGUCUCCUCAUCAACAACCCCACAGCGUUGGCCAUCCAUGAGUGCAAAUGCCUGUGGCCCAAUACGCCGGUCCAGUGUGUGGUGUCACUGGGUACGGGCCGCGUGGAGACAGCUGGCAAAAACAACACCACGUACACCAGCCUCAAGACCAAGCUCACCAACGUCAUCAGCUCUGCCACCGACACAGAGGAAGUCCACAUCAUGCUCGAUGCCCUCCUUCCACCCGACUCGUACUUCCGCUUCAACCCUUAUAUAAACGAGGACAUCGCCCUGGAUGAGAGCCGUGGUGAGAAGCUGAACCUGCUGCAGGCCGAGGGCCUGCGAUAUCUGGACCGGAACCAGGAGAAGCUGCAGAAAGCUGCCCGGAUACUCACCAGGGACAAGACCACCGUCCAGAGGCUGACUGAGUGGGCCAAGCUCAAACGUGACAUGUACGAUGGUAUUCCCAUCUUCAACUCCAAGCUGUAGGGGAGUAGGUCCCAGGCUCCACCACCACACAACACUAACUUCACCUAAAACUGGACUCUCUCCUAACACUGAAUCCAUACAUAGAGUAAUAGAAUCUAUAUGUUAGUCUCUGUGGUUGUAGACUGUAUUUUAAAUUGGUAGAAUACGUUUACUGUUGUGUUUUUACUGCACCCAUUUACGUGUUACUGCACCCAUUUAUGUGUUACUGCACCCAUUUAUGUGUUACUGCACCCAUUUACGUGUUACUGCACCCAUUUGACAGUGACUGUUUGCAUGCUCUGGCAGCACUUGGAGGGGAGGGUGAGAGAGAGGGCUCUGGCAACACUUGAGGGAGAGAGAGAGGUCUGGCAACACUUGGAGGGGAGUGGGAGAGAGAGGGGUCUGGCAACACUUGGAGGGGAGUGGGAGAGAGAGGGGUCUGGCAACACUUGGAGGGGAGUGGGAGAGAGAGAGGUCUGGCAACACUUGGAGGGGAGUGGGAGAGAGAGAGGUCUGGCAACACUUGGAGGGGAGAGAGAGAGGUCUGGCAACACUUGGAGGGGAGAGAGAGAGAGGUCUGGCAACACUUGGAGGGGAGUGGGAGAGAGAGAGGUCUGGCAACACUUGGAGGGGAGAGAGAGAGGUCUGGCAACACUUGGAGGGGAGAGAGAGAGAGAGGUCUGGCAACAUCACCAACAUAAUGUUGCUUAUUAUCAUACUCUGUAAGCCAGAGUAGAUAACUUACCAAUAGCCCACUAAUAUAUCUAUAUAAGGCUCUGGUUAGAAGUAGUGCAUUAUGUAGGAGAUGAGGUGCCAUUUGGAACAGAACUGUGGACUGACUGUUCUCCAAUGAAGCACUUUUUCACCUUUUUAAAAAGAUCACAACCAUGUAUAUCCUGACACUGUAUAAGAGAUAUAUCUGGGAUAUAUUUUGGAUUUAAAUCCAUUUUAGUUAGUUUUAACUUUGACUUGAACUGAAUCUGCCACCAAUAACAGAAUUUUAAAGGUUAGGACCAUAAACAAACAUAUACCAUUUUUUUGGGGGGGGGGGAGAAUAACCAUCUUGUCAUGUUCAAUGGUUGGUUAUCAAUGUUUUACUUGAAUGUAUGCCUCAGAGAGAGAAUAAUGGCUGGUCACUUGACAUUUCUGUUUCUUGUACUUUUUAACACCAAUGCAGCUAGUGGUCCUUUCAUUUGAUUGUUUUACUGUUGGCGGUGAUAUUGGUACAUUCAUCAGGGUGCAGAUUUCUUGACAUAUACUGUAUAAAUCGUUCAUAAAAAAAAUGUACCAAUGUAAUUUAGAGGAAGAUGUUAGCCACUGACCUGGUUAGUUCACACAUACAGCUGCUUUAGAUCACAGAGUAGAGUCCUAAUCAGGAUCCAUGGCUGUAAAAUGCAAAAUGUUCACUUCUCACUUGUUUGAUUUGAAAGAAUGUGUUACGGAACAAUGACUUGACUGUUUCAUUAUUAUUAUUAAAUUGUAGCUAUAGUUUGAAAUGCAUUAAGAUUUAAAAUGCUCCUGAAUGAAGUCUUCUGCCUCUGUGUUAUUUACAUUUAAAUCCAUGCUGAUUUUGUUUUAUUUUUUAGCUUUGGAGUCAUUUGUAUCCUUCUAUAAUUGAUUAGCAUGAGCGAUGCUGAUGUUCUGCAUCCACUAAUAACAGGUUGUGAACACUUUCCUUUCUCCAAUUUGCUGUUUUCCAGACAUGGGUUCAAGUACUAUUUAAAACACUUGAAGAAAUUGAACGGGAUCUUCAGCACUUACGAAUUCAGGACAUAUUUUACGAAUUGGCUUUCGUUACAUAUUCUACGAAACGGGUGCCGUUGUUGUACACGCGAGCGCUACUUUCAAAACUACUGGCUGAGAUUACACACCACCUUGUAUAACGCUUUUUUUUUUUUUUAAGCUGUGCUUGAUACAGCUUGCAUGGCACAAUAGAACCAAUAGGAUAGUCCCAAAAUGGCAAACCCUGCCCACCCGCACUCCAGGAAGGCUAAAGCAAAUGCUCACCGUAUUUGAAAGAUUUCCAAUAGUAUUUGAACCCAGGUCUGUUAUCUCCAUCCUAGCUACCCUGAAGUGCUAUUUCCCCUGUGCUAUGCUAUUGUCUGCCAUGUUGUGUUAUUAUUACUGCUAGUUUGAAUCAUGUCGGUGUAGCAGAGGGACUGUAUACUAUUAUUGGCUGCUGCUCACUGAUACUGUUGCUCGGGAACUGUUACAGUAGUGUCUGUGGCAAGUCAACGAUGAUGGCAUAGCCUAAAGAUCUUACACAGCAUAGACUCAUUUCAACUGUCAAACCUGUGUCCCGUAUUCAUCAAGCAUCUCAGAUAGGAGUGCUGGUCUAGGAUCAGGUCCUCUCUCCAGAUUAAUCUAAUUCAUUACGGUCAAAAAAGUCAAACGCUGAUCAGUAGUCUAUAGUUCCCUACCAAGCAAGAAGGCAGUAAAUUAGUUAGUCAUUUUUGCUAUGUUAAAUAUGUGCUUAAUGAUGUGGACAAGUAUCCUGUCUCUGUGUUUUGGAGGAAAUGGGGGGUCAUGUUAGCAGUAACUUCAUAAAGUUACUGUGAAACCAAGGUAAAUGAAAGCCAUUUUUCUCAGUUCCACGCUAUGAGCAGUUACUGCCUUUUUUGCUUGGUAGGGCAGUGUGCUACUCAGAUGUUUUAAAUAGGGUCCCAGGUUGAUGACUGUGUAGUCAGGAUGAUGUCUUCGGUCCCUCCGGAGUGAUGAAGACAAGAUGGACAGAGAUAUUGACUUGAUUUGUUUUAAAUACAGUUCUCCUAUUGAUCCCAUGUAAGCAGUGUGUGUGUUGAACAUGUAUAUUGUGGAAUUAAAAUGCAUCACUGAAACACUCUGA